ACAGUCGCCGCAGUUUCCUCCACCCGGGUGGCCCCGCGGCCCUGCGGGGAGUCCGGGAGUCUGCGGGUCGCUCGGACCGGGUGCGGGGCCCGCCCCGCUUCUCCCUCCCGCGGCGGGGCCUGGACGGUCGGGGCAGCGGCGACAUGGAGCCGUCUCCCGCCACGGGGGGCACGGAGGCCACCCGCCUGGUGAGCGCCCGGGACCGCGGCGGCGGCGCCGGCGGCCUGCGUUUGAAGAGUCUCUUCACAGGGCCCUCAGAGCCUCUCCCUGAGGAGCCGGCACCUGUGGAGCUGCCCUUCCACCCCUGCCACAGGGACCCCCUGCCGCAGCCCGGCCUCACCCCUGAGAGGCUGCAGGCGCGGAGGCAGCUGUGUGCGGCCUGUGCUGUGUGCUGCGUCUUCAUGGCCGGGGAGGUGGUCGGUGGGUACCUGGCGCACAGCCUGGCUAUCAUGACCGACGCGGCCCACCUGCUGGCGGACGUGGGCAGCAUGAUGGGCAGCCUCUUCUCCCUCUGGCUCUCCACCCGCCCGGCCACCCGCACCAUGACCUUUGGCUGGCACCGCUCAGAGACCCUGGGGGCCUUGGCCUCCGUGGUCUCCCUCUGGAUGGUCACCGGCAUCCUCCUGUACCUCGCCUUCAUCCGCCUGCUGCACAGCGACUACCACAUCGAGGGGGGCGCCAUGCUGCUGACUGCCAGCAUCGCCGUCUGCGCCAACCUGCUAAUGGCCUUCGUGCUGCACCAGGCUGGGCCCCCACACAGCCACGGGUCUCGGGGGGCAGAGUAUGCGCCGCUGGAGGAGGGGCCCGGGGAUCCCCUGCCCCUGGGGAACACCAGUGUCCGGGCAGCCUUUGUGCACGUGCUGGGGGACCUCCUGCAGAGCCUUGGGGUGCUGGCCGCCUCCAUACUCAUCUACUUCAAGCCUCAGUACAAGGCGGCCGACCCCAUCAGCACCUUCCUCUUCUCCAUCUGUGCCCUGGGCUCCACGGCCCCCACCCUCCGGGAUGUUCUUCGGGUCCUCAUGGAAGGUGCCCCCCGCAGUGUGGGCUUUGAGCCCGUGAGGGACACCCUGCUGUCGGUGCCAGGAGUCCGGGCAACCCAUGAGCUGCACCUGUGGGCCCUGACGCUCACCUACCACGUUGUCUCCGCACACCUGGCUAUAGACGCGACGGCCGACCCCGAAGCUGUCCUGGCGGAAGCCUCGUCCCGGCUCUCCUCCCGGUUUGGAUUCUCCAGCUGCACGCUGCAGGUGGAGCAGUACCGGCCCGAGAUGGCCCAGUGCCUGCGCUGCCGGGAGCCCCCCCAAGCUUGAGCCGUGGCCUGCGCCCGCCCCACUGCCAGGCCCAGUCUCAGCCGUGGGCUCUGGGCACCUGCCUCCCUGCUCUCGGAGAAGGGUGGGAGCUGGGUCCCUUUACUUUCCCCCUCCUUCCACCUGCCAAGCAUCCCAGCCCCAGUGGGUGGGACUGAAGCAUGGGGACAGUGGUGGCGGAAGUCCAGGCUGAAUGGGAUGCAGGGGUGUCCUGGGCCUCGGCAUGGGGAGUGGGGUUGUAGGGGCCCCCUGGUCUCUGCUCCCCCUGCUCUGCAGAGCCGCGGGCCCCCUUUCCGUACACCUGUCCAUGCAGCAAGCCAGCCGGCAGUGGGCAUCUGCCUGUCUCUGUGCUGUUGGUGUGCCUGGGCCGGGGAGGGCAGUGGGGCCCCCUCCCCACAUGGCCCUCCCUCUGUCUAUGCAGGGGCCCCAAAGCCUGCACUUUGUCCGUGUGUUCUAGCCCUGUGGAUUUUGUGUCUGUGCAUGCGUGUGUUUCGUGGUGCUGUGGCCUGUGUGUCUCUGUGCCUGUGUGGCUGUGCUCUGGUCUCUGAGUCUGCACCAUCCAUGUGUCCAUUGGGGGUCUGUCUGUCCAUCCCUCUGUUGGUGCUGUGCCCUCGGCUUUCCCAGAGAGAGGGAGGACUCCACAGCAGUUCCACCAAUAAACUUGUGUCCGACUCUGUGCUGACUC